CAUUUGUUCCGCUUGAGUUUGGACAUCUGUUGCUUUAACAUCCCCCCUGCCUCCAAAAAGAGACAAAUUGUUUGACUUCAGUAGUAACAUCUGCAGUUUUAACCCGAUGCCGCUUCCCUCUGCGUGUCUCAACCCGCUGACGUCCUCCAGAUGGGCGGUGACGCCCGAAGACACUCUUCUCUGGAGCGGAUUUCUUCCUAGCAGACAUCCAGAGGUUGACUUAUUUCUUCUUUCUUACUGAGAAAUGGCGUUAAAUGAUAAAACUGCAGUGGUGACCGGAGCAGCGAUGGGGAUAGGAAAAGCAAUGACGGAGAUUCUUCUGCAGAACGGUGCUCAGGUAGCCAUCCUGGAUGUUGAUAAAACUGCGGGGGAGAGGUUAACAGAAGAGCUGAACAAACGAUACGGAGCAGAGAAAACUUUGUUCCUGAACUGUAAUGUUGAAUCCGAGGAGCAGAUCAAAGCUGCCUUUCAGAAAACUGUGGAAACCUUCGGAGGAAUUGACAUCUUGUGCAACAACGCUGGCAUCUUGAAUGAGAGCACGUGGGAGAAAAUUGUCUCCAUAAACCUGAUGGGUGUUAUCAGGGGGACGUACCUGGCUCUGGAGCACAUGAGUAAGCUGAGUGGAGGUCGAGGAGGAGUCAUCGUCAACACAGCGUCUAUGGCAGGUCUCGGUCCUUUGCCCAGCUGUCCGGUGUACACGGCCACCAAGAGCGGCGUGGUCGGCUUCACCAGAGCCAUGGCGGCUGCAUCUGCAGUGUCUGGCUACGGAAUACGAAUCAACGUUCUUUGUCCAGGUUUUGUCCAAACUGACCUCAUGUCCAACAUGUCAGCCAGACUGGGGCAGUUCUCCCACCUGGCUGAUGUGACCCAGCAGCUCAUAGAGAAGAUCGGGAUAAUAAACGUGUCCGACGUGGCCGACUGCCUCCUGGAGCUGGUGACGGAUGAGACCAAAAAUGGAGAAGCCCUCAUGUUGUUCAGGAAAGGAAAACAAUACGUGACUUUUCCAUCGUUCUCCGAGUAGCUCUGGGCAGAAUUAACCCCUCAGACUGAAUCCUGUAAUCAGUGUUUCUCAGUGCUUUCAUGGACAGAAUAAAACUAAGUUUAAAUAUC